AUAAGCCAAACUUGACUGUAACCUUAACCUCUCGCAAUAGUUAACGCCUCUGUGUUACUAAACUCUUCUUGUUUUGUAAUAGAAGUAAAUCAUCCCUUCAAAGGGGAGAACGGCGUCAGAGCAUCGGGAAUCAAUGGCGGCAAUGGCACUAUCCUCGGCUGAGUCGUAGAAUCAGUAGGUGGCGGCAGCGGGUCUUGUAUCGGCACAAGCGGCGGAGGGAGCAGUGAUGAUGGUGGCGUGUCGUCGAACACCGAGGGUGGAAGUACUACCAGAGGGCCGGUAUCAUCCGAAACCAAAGGCGGCGGUGGCAAUGGCAGCAACGGAAUUGUCGAAGGACUUUCAUCUGGAACCAAUGGCGCUGGUGGAGUGUCGACAGGAAUUACCAACCUCGGCAGUGGAAAGUCAAAAUUCGGCACCAGCGGCGAGGGUGGCAGCGUGGAGAAUAUAGGGAGGAAAGGCGGUGAUGUGAUGUCGUUAGGUGGCGGCCGGGAGGGGACGAGAGGUGGAGGGAAUAAUAUUGGAAUUGUCGGCGGCAGAGGCGGUGAGGGGACUAGUGGUGGCGAUGGAGGUGGCGGCAAUGGCACGGGAGGCGGCAAAGGGGGCGGAAGGAUUAUAAUUGGCGGUGACGGAGGUGGUGGCGAUGGCACAAGAGGUGGCGGUGGUGAUGGAGGUGGCGGCGAUGGAACGAGAGGUGGUGGCGGAGGCGGAAAGAUUACAAUUGGUGGUGGCGGUGGGGGUGGCAAAGGUGGCGGCGGUGACGGUGGAGGAGGGGACGGUACGAGAGGUGGCGGUGGAGGCGGACAGAUUACUAUUGGCGGCGGCAAAGGUGGUGGUGGUGACGGUGGAGGAGGGGACGGUACGAGAGUUCAUUUUCGACCGCUGUGGGUGGGAGGAGGUGGGGGUUGUGUGGAGGAGAGUGAGGAGGAGAAGCAAGAUGAGUUUGAUGGGAAGUGUGGUGGUGGUGUUCAUGGCAUUUGUGAAAUAUUGCAUUCCUUUGUUCUCAUCUUCUAA